AGUGUGUCUGCGGUAAAACCAGGGUGUGUGCUCGAGCUUCAGAUGCGUUCCUGACAUGACCAAUCAAGCAGUCGACUCUCUGGAAAUGUUCAGAUCUGACUUUGCUGCUGUGUUUCUUCUGUUUCCAGAAGUUUGCUGAAGUUCCGGCAGCAUGGCUUCGGGGUCGGAGGGAGACGAUGGAGGCAUUUCCCUGGACAUCGACGAUGUCCACAUGCUCCUCCAAGUGGAGCAUGAACAGAUCCAGAAAAGGACAUUUACCAACUGGAUAAACGCUCAGCUUGCCAAGAGACGUUCACCCUCCUACGUGUCAGACUUAUUUUCGGACCUCAGAGAUGGAUCACGGCUUCUGGACCUGCUGGAAGUGAUGAGCGGUCAGUCGAUGAAAAGACAAAGAGGUCGAGGAGUUUUCCAGCAGAGGGCCAACGUUGAGACGGCUCUGGACUUUCUCAAGAAAAAAUCUAUCAAGCUGGUGAACAUAAACAUCCCAGACAUCACAGACGGACGUCCAUCCAUCAUCCUUGGCCUUGUUUGGACCAUCAUCCUCCGCUGCCACAUUGAGGAGUUGGCCAGUGCGUUGUCCUUCAGCUCCCGUCAUUCCUCCCUGGACUCUGUGUCGAGCCUGGACUCCUGGUCCGGCAGCCCGAUCCCGGUCAGCCCGGGCCCUGCUGGGCGGGUAUCACCUCUGCACAGGCGCUUCCGUCUUUCUGCCAAAAAGGCCCUGCUCAUGUGGGUCAGAGACCAAUGCAAAAAGGUUCACUGCACUGUCAACGUGAAAGACUUUAAGUCCAGCUGGAGAAGUGGGGAGGCCUUCCUGGCCAUCCUGGGCUCGCUCCGACCAGAACUGGUGGAUCUGUCCCGGGUCCAGACCCGAAGCAACCAGGAGAACCUGGAGGAAGCUUUUCACCUGGCGGAGAGGGAACUCCACAUUCCUCGCCUCCUGGAGCCCCAAGAUGUUGACGUCCGAGAUCCGGAUGAGAAGUCCAUCAUGACGUAUGUGGCCCAGUUUCUGCAGUACUCCAACGAUCUGCCAGCGCCUGAUGAUCACCUGCAGCUGUUUCCUUUGGAGCAGCCUUCAGGUUUCUCCCCUCAGGAUUUGCAUCCUCACUUUGCUCCAGCAGCUGCUGUCUCACCUUUACACUCGGUGUCACCCAGUGAGCGAGCGCAGGACGCGACUCGUUGGCUGCAGCAGGCCUGUCAGGAGCUUUCAGAAACAUGGACAGCUGCAGAGGGAUCAAAUUAUGCAGACAAAUAUCAGGUGUACGAGAGCCUCGCUGCUUCCUUUGCUGAGCAGAGACGAUCCGUUAUGAAGCUCCUUGCAGCAGCAAGACGCCGCUCAGAACUAAACCAAGAACAGGAAGCUCUGAGGACGGCGUGGGAUCAGCUGGAGGACGAGCUGCGGCGGUGUGAAGCCGACCUGGAGCGGAGUCUUCCUCCUCCUCUGGACUCGGUCGUGUCGUGGCUGCAGAGAGGAGAGGCGGCGCUGAAWGACGAGGGAGAGACGACAGAAGGUCAUGCAGAGGUCGCCAAACAUGCAAGAGCAAAACAAGACCAGCUAAAGACGUUGAUCAAGGAGAUGAAUCAUUACGUGACUCUGACCGACUCGUUCCACAGUGUUGAUGAUUCAGGGAGCACAGCGGUGCCUUCAGAAAAGCUGGACGACAUAAAGACCCGUUUGACUGGCGUCCGAGUCACCGCAAAAUACGAAAUAAUAAAGCUGGAAUUYGAGGAAUCUCAUCACACGGUCCUGGAUCUCCUGGGAGACGUCAAGRCAAAGGUCCRGUCCUGGAGAACUCCGUACGGAUCCCAGCAGUCCGUUCAGGUUCUUCUGCUUGACUGGCAUGAAACCGUGGAGCACCGAGGGUUGCUCCUGAUUCUGACUGAUGCUCUGCAAAGCCUGAAGGACAAGAUGGAUGUUUACACCAGCAAAGCUUCUCUGGGUGGAGAUUCGCAGCGUGUCACUCGUCAGGUGAAGGAAGCAGAAAGCGAAUCAGAGCUGGUCAAACAGAUGACAGCGGCUGCUAAAGAAAUGAUGGAGAGAGUGGCGUCUGCAUGGGACGUGUGCAACAAGAACCUYGCUGCUCUUGAGACAUGGCUGAUGCAAACUUCAGCUGCAGAGACACAGGACAUGAGCGAAUGGAGUUCAUGUCAUGCUCGGUUGAAUGAGGCGGGAAACUUCCUAAUUGAAAUGACAGAAGCUUCAAUCAGCUCCAGUUUGGUGAAGCAGCUCAGCAAAGUCAACCUGCAGUGGGCCGAACGCGUGAAGAAGACUGUGUUUGAAAUACAAUCAGAACCUAAAGUUGGCUCCUCUUCUGYUCUGAUGUUGGAUUCACUAACACAGGAGGCAGGUUUGCUCCUGAGGCAGCCUCUGGACGUCGCUUCAGUCCCUCUAAAGGAAGUCAGACGAAAACUACAGUCCAUUAGAACAAAGAUUGGAGUGGUGGAUGCAUCAGCCAACGUCCCUUCUGCAGACCUUCAAAUGGGCCAAAGAGAAAACCUUCAGCAAACUCUCCUAAAGCUUGCUGAGGCAGAACGGUGCUGUGGGGAUCUGCAGAGAGCAGCGUCCCAACUCGAGGGGCGUGUGGCUGAACUCGAUCACUGGAGCAGCGAAUCCCUGGACUGUUAUAAUCAGCUGAUGGAAAGGAAACACAGAGRAGGACAGUCUGCUGCCAAAGUGUUGAUCUCUCGAGGGUUGCAGCUAGCGCAGCAGGUGGCUGCAGAGUCGCAGCAUCUGGAAGCUUUUGUUGCAGAGCGGCAGAAAACUUCUCCUUUGCAGAUUUUCAGUACUGCUGGCAUGCAGGACAAGACUGCAGCUGCAAUCUCCCAAAGCCAGGAGAUUCUUGAAAAGUUUAGUUCCUGUGGUUUCAAGCAGCAAGUUGGAGAUUUCUGCAAACGGAUGCAACCAGUUGAAACCCUCCAUCCAGACACUGGAUCAUUCGUUCUGGCCAGAACCAAACAGGUUGUAGAUGUUAAACUGCAAACUCCAGAACUGAUUCAGCUUCCUGAUCAGGGGGCGAGACGUCGCCAGGAUUCAAAGCAAAGCACAGAAGAUGGGAAGGGCKCUGCGUCCCACGUAAAAAUGAAAACAGUCCCUCAACCUGUGGUGGUUCCGGUCCUGCAGAGUCAAACCGAGAGUCCUGCAGCAGGAUCGACAGAGAUCAAGUCCAGGACAGUAUCACAASCAAACACCCAACAGGSACCAACACACACACAGCCGCCGCUCAUGAUCCACAGUGAGGUUCACUGCAAAGCCCAGUCGAUGGCCAGGAGCCGACUGGAGAAGGCCAGGCUUCGUCUGCAGGGACGCAUCCWGCAAGCCAUGAAGCUGUUCAGUGGCAGAGAGAUGACCGAGUCACAAAUCAAGAAAAAACAGAAAGCUCUAAACACUCUGCAGCCCGCCAUGCUCGAUGAGUUCCUGGGUGCAGCUGAAGCUUUUGGGGCCUUCUGUUCUGGGCCUCAGCUCCAGGACCUGAUGCUUCUCUCUGAGUCAGUCCGAAAUCAGUGGGAGGAUGUGCGCAGAGAAAUGGCCGACUUUAUUUCCACCCAGGCGUCUAAAAUCAGAGAAGUAAAGCAGCCAUUCACUGCUUGUGACAUUUUUACUAAUGCUCUGCAUGACGCUGCUGACCAGACUGACCACAGUUACUUGCAACAGCACCGUAAGGCGCUCACCCAGGAGGCUGCAUCUGUCGAGGAACRCUUUGAAUCUCUCAGAGAACUGUGUGAGACUUUGACAGUGGAGAAAUCCUYUGGCUCGGCAACAGACCAGCACACAGAGCCUGGAAAAGUGCAGAAAACUCAAAUUAAGAGCAGGGGACAGCAGCCUGCUGUAAACCCCCCGCCGAGUCCGGCCGACACGCAGCCAGGCUGCAGUCUCGCUCCGGAGCGCCGCCUGGACGCGGCGCAACAAGACGCCUCGCCCUCAGGAAAGGCAGUGCGCGCUCAAAGAGCCGACGACGCCCUGCGGCUGCGAGUCUGGGACGUCCCGCCAGGGAACAAGGACCACCUGAGGCAGAGCCAGGGAGACGGGCUGGAGAAGAAGCAGAAGCCUUCACUUCGGGCUCAAGAGCAGCUGCUGCGAGCUCACAUGCUGCACAUCACAGGGAGCGGUCAGCAGGCUCAGAGUCAUGUGCAGGCUGUUGUUAGGAGCAACACUGUGGAGAGCAAACAGGAGGCAGAAUGGACCGUCAUCCCAGAACCAGAUGUGCCACCGCUGCUGGAGGGCGCCACUAAACGGGACGCAGCAGGAAGCAGAAUGGUUCCCCUGAAAAGUCCCUCAGACCCGAUGGAGUCUGCAGACGAUCAGACGACAAUAAUCACGGAAAAACUAAACCAGAUCAUCAGGCAACCUUUGGACGUCUCCUCUCUGGCGCUGGAUGAAUCCUCACUGUUUUCUGACCUGAAGGAGGUAGAUGAAACGCUGAAGGAUGAGAUGAGAAGGCUCUCAGAGGAGGAACGGCGAGGGCCGGCAGCCACAUCGCAGCCGUUCCUGCGCCAGCCGCUCCUCCUCGGUAACGUUCGUCAUCUGGAGCAGCUCAGACGGCAGCUGGACGACGUUCAAUCCGCCGUGGAGACUCUGGAUCACUUCCUGGCCACCCUGAGAGACAUCAAGGCUGAGAGUCCAGCGCUGCUGGCAAACCGAGACCCAAACGAGCGUAAAACUGAAACGGAGCUGCUGAAGGAGAGACACUCUUGGCAGGCAGCAGUGGAGAGGUUGAAGCCUGCUAUGGCGCAGUCCCAUGUUGUUGACUGCAGCUUAAAGGCAGCGGGGAUGACUCUGACCAUGGAUGGAGCUUCUGUGACAUGUCGGGAUGUGGCGGCCGUUCUGUCCGAUCAAAUGAGAGCCAAGUGGCGAGGGGGAGAGAAAGAGCUAGAUAUUCUGGAAAAGAAUGGCAUCCAAAACAGCGAGGACGUGGAGGAACCGAGAUUUGCUCCAGUUGUGACAGAAGAAGAGUCGACAUCAGAGGUUAAGAGGAGGAAGCAGGAACCAAAAACUCAAAUAUCGGCAUCUGAAGAGGAUUUCUUGCAAAGAAGCCCGAGCAGCCAUGCUGGGAAAGCUGGAGACGAGCGUAAGGGUUUGGUUCAGAGGAGGUUUGCCCUGUUGGCAGUGCUGAGAGAGACCAAAGCAGCAGCUGAGAGGUUGGAGCUGCUGGAGCCGACGCUGCCGGCUCUGCAGCAGAGGACGCGGGCUUUGACGGAGCUGGAGAGUUUUCUUGCCAGUCUUGACUCUGAGGUUCAGUACGUUCAUGAUGCGUCUUCAGAAUCAGAUUUUCCCAAAGAGAAUCAGAGCAGAGAGGUGGAGGAUCUCUGGGAGGAGACAAGGAAAGCCACAUCAGAACGGCUGGAGCAGGCUCAGGCCCUGACAGAACUGCUGAGGAGGUUCCAGAUCAUGCGCGGUGAGCUAAGCGGCACGCUGCAGACGGCCGAGGCAACCAUAGGUGAACAAGCCUCCUACGUCGGAAAAGAUUACCUGCAGAGGCUUUACGCUAAGGUUGGAGAGACGAAAGCAGAGCUGAAYGGCCUGGGAGACGACAUAGAGGAGGUCCGCAGCGUCUGCAGACAGCUGCAGUCUCUGCUGCGUCAGGUCCCGGGCUGCAGCGGCUCUCCAUUUGAGAACGAAGCCGACGCGCUGAUGGACCGCUGGCUGGAUCUGUCUGAAAGAACCGAUUCCCACCUGGAAAACCUCCAUCUUUGCUUGACGUUGUGGGACGGAGUCCUGCAGCUGGGGCAGGAGGUGGAGAGCUGGACCAACAGCAGAACCGCGGCGCUUUCUCAGGGUCCGUCUUUCCAGACUGAGGACGACAUUAAGGCUCUGCAGAAUGAGAUUAUGACCCAGGAGGAGAGUAUACGGCGUUUCCACAGGAAGGCUGCAGAGAUUCAGUCGCUGCUUCAAAGUGCAGAGCCCCCUCUGGAGCUGCAGGUUGUAGAGACCCAGAUGAGGAAGAAAAUAGAGCAACUGAAGGAGCUCCUUUUGGAAAGCGAGGAGGUGCACAAGCAGACGGUGGCCACAAUGGGACAAAUUACCGAAAGGAUGGCAGAGUCUCUCAGCUCCCUGCAGAAGAUUCAGGACUCCCUCCGCAGUUUUUCUGCUCCAGACGUUGCAACGGUCCUGGCGAAACUUAAGGAAUUAUGUCGGCGGCUCCACACUGAAGAUGAACAAGCGCAGAGUUUACUGGAGGAUGUGCAGGUUCUGGCCUCCAUCGCCGGCCCGGACGGCCUCCAGAGUCUGUCUGUCAGAGGGAUUCAGCUGGAGGAGAAGCUCAGAAACACACAUCAGCUUUUCGCCGAGGUGGAAGAGCAGACCGAGAGGAAUGUCCAACACCUGGACAGGCUGCAAACGGAGAAAGAGCAACUGGAGAAGUGGCUUCGUGCAGCUGAGGAAGAGGCACUGAAGACGAAGAAUCUGAGUUUUCUCCAAGAAGAGGCACUUCAGCAAAGAGGAAGAUCAGAGCGUAUUGCUGAGCUCGUAUCGUCUUUAAGAAGCAGUAACCUGCAGCAGUGCUUGCUGCUGCAGCAGAGCUGCGAUCUGCUGCAGCGAUGUCAAAACUUCUGCACAAACCUUGGAGGCGUUUCGGAGGGGGUGACGCCCCGGCUGAGUAACGAUUCAGAAGCAUUUCAGGGUUUGGUUGAAUCCAUUCAGUCCUGGUUUGAUGAUCUGAGGCAGAGUGACGGAGGUGGAGAAAUUAAAACUUCAGCAGAGCAAAGACAUCGUCAAGCUCAGGCUGUGUUAAAGGCUACAACUGGAGCGGAAACGCGUCUGGAGCAGCUCAGAGCUGCUGGAGAGAGUCUGAGCCAAAGAUCGUCUCCAGACCUGAAACAAGACGUUCAGGUGAAGAUCCAGAAAACACAACAACACUGGAAGAACCUUUUGGAAUCCGUUCAGCCUUAUUCCAGGGCACUGGAAGAUGAGUUGGAGCUCUCCUCCGCCUACCUGACCAGCAGGCAGGAGGCUUCCUGCAGAGUGGAAGAGCUGAAGCACCAAGCGGAGCAGCUUCCAUCUUUAUUCCCCUGGCCAGGCUCGGCCGAGCGAGCGAAGGCCUGCCUUCUCGCCCGGCAGCUGCAGGCUGAAUCUGAAUCGCUGAAAUUAACCUUAACCAGUCUGGAUGAGAAGAGGAUGGAGCUGGCUGAGAAAACCAGGAACGCCAUCUGGAAAGAUUCCUCCUGGGAUGAGUUGGAGACCCGUUGGGCAGCACUUAUGGCAGAAGUGAAGGGUUUGUGCGCCCACCUGCAGAACGGUUUGAGUAAUGAGGAAGAGUUGUGCCAGCUGCUGCAGGCCUGCCACCGCCACCUGACAGCCCUUCAACAGAGGAUGACGGCCUGCCAGCCCCGAGCAGAAAGCUCCGGCGGGCUGACCUCUGAUGCAGCAGCUCUGGAGGCUUUGCUGAAACAAGCAGCAGAAAUUGAAAAGGAGCUUUUAGUGCUUGUAACGCUCAGGGAUUCCCUCGCUGCCAGCUGCACAGCAGAAGCCCAAGCCAGCCUUUCAGAGGAAACCGGUAACCUCCAAAACCACAAGAGGGCGAUAGAGCGUGCAAUCUCUCUGCAGGGAGAAGCCUCCCUUUUACAGGCAGAUCUAAGAGAUCUCGCCAAAAAUGUGGAGGAGCUGUCUGUGUUGCCAGAUGUCUUCCAGCUGACACAGCAGUGGCGUUCAGUACAGGAGUGGGAUAACAGAUUGACACAGCUGGAUAUCAGAGCUAAUGGCCUGCAGAGGACCAGGGGAACACAGGAAGUGCUUCCUGCAGAAGCCAUUUUUACUGUCAGUGCUGUUUGGAAAGAACUCCUCAGCCUGAGGUCAGUUUUUAACCAGAAAAAGGAAGAAUGUGUGGAAGUGACGGGCGAGGCGGUGAGAGGCGUCAUCAGAGAUCUGCAGCUGUGGAUCCAAGCAGCGAAAGUUCAGACGUCACCUGGUCAGGCGGUUCUGGAUGAAGGUCUAAAGCUUCAAAACAAACUUUACGACGUUCUUUCCCAGCAGAACAUUCUGGUAAACUGUCUGGGUGAAGAAAUGACGAAAACUCUGGUGAAAAGCGCGUCAGAGGUUUUGAUGGAAAGUCGAGGCCUGGUUAAUCAAAUGCAAACAGAAAUGCCAAACGGAGGUGAAGAAAAAGCCGGAGAUGUUUGUGAACCCGACUCAGACAGACACCAAGAUGGCCGGGAAACGUUACACGUCCCAACCAAACUGCUCACUUCUCAACCAGGAGUAUUGAAGAAUGAAACUGAKGCCAAUAAACCGAAUCCAGAAAACAUCCCUGUUAUUUGUACAACAGCURCUUUAGACRAUAUUCCAGCCGUUUGUUCAGAAAGUCCAGAUGUUUUYGGGUCAAAGGAGCCGCUGUCUGCGUCAGGAGAAAUUAACCUUCAGAUUGCUGUUGAGUCAACGGAUGUGACAGUUUCUGGAAAUAUUGCAGGAACAAUCAUAUCCGCCUCACUAAACACUGAAGAAGCCUUAGUUUUAGAACCGUCUUAUUCAGACAAAAUCAAAUUACCGGUCGUCUCGUCCCCUAAGGAAUCGACUGACGCAACCGUUCCUGGGAUCAACUACGUGUCCGACSCUCCGCCGAURCAUUCAGAGAGGCUUGAUGCCUUAGAAGACCAUUCUGAUGUCUCAACAAAAGUAUGUUURGYUGAACCAGAAAUGRAGAAAGAAAAAACGGRAAAAGAGCUGAUUGAAAUCACAGAAAAAGCAACUAGAUUUUCCACAGAUUCAGCCCAGUCAGAGUCGGACCAAACAYCCUUAGAAACCUGCAUAAAAGCUGCAAAAUCAGAGGCUGUCGGUGCAGGUGCAAGAGAACAGGAUGAGCAAAAWGGGCAAGUCAGUGGAAGCAAAGAUAAAGUGYUCACUGUAGUUUUGGAGCUGGAGUCGUUUGACAUACAGCCAAGUGGAUAUGUAGGAGAUCAACACUGUAAAACAAGUUCAAACGCAGGACGACUUCCUGAGAAGAAACCAAGACCCAACCCUGAGUUAGAGGGAAAACCUGCAGAGCAAAAAGGUUCAAGCAGGCAAUCAGAAAACAAAGAGACUCAGCCGGCGCAUGCAGUAAAGAAUGAUGAAGCUCUGACUCUGUCUGAAUCCGACUCCAAAUGUGAGUUUGAAACGGCUCAAACAUCCCCAGUCAGCAAAUCGGGGGCGACUGCCUGUCACUCUUUGGGGGAAACUGCGSCUCCCGCCCUGAGCUCUGCGGAGGAUUCGGUGCCAAAUCGAGAUGAAACUGAAACCGAAAAUCAAAUUGAUGCAACUGACAAACAACUGACAGCUGCCGACAGUGCAAUGAGCCCAGGUGGAGCAGGUGAGGGGGCGGCGCGAGGAGGAGCUAACGACUCUGAAUGUUCAGACGGGAAGCUCUGUCCCACAGGACAAGACGGCACUUCACUGCUACCUGAAGGAAAGAAAUGGAAACAAGAUGGAGCGCUGAAAGAAAUGCUGUGGCCACUGGGAAAGCUUCAAAGCCAAAGAGUCAUGGAGUCGGCGCGGGUCCCGUCGGGGUCGGCAUGUGGCCCCGGCGCUGAAGAGUCGACAGGUGGAUCACCGGGAAGCCACAGCUACAGCUCCGCCUUGCAGGACAGUUUAUCAGCGAUUCAGGCGUCGCUGGAGCAAAGUGACAUUUUACAGAAAAUGCCUCAUAUGGAUCUGAGUUGGUACCUGACGUCCUCACCUGGCGAUGCAGACGUCCGAUUAGCACGGACGGUUCAGCGUGUUCUUGCUUGCCGAUAUCAGCCUGCACGCCUCAGUGCUGCAGCUAUGGACAAACAGCUGCAGGAAGCGCAGGAGUACAGGCGGUCCGUGCAGGAGCAAGUGGCUUCCAUUAAAAGCAGCCUGUCAACCGUUUCAGACCCGAAGGCUUCAGAAAGAGCGGAGGCAGAAUGGAGCUCAGCCCUGCUGGAUGCCUCUGCCACCGUUCAGGUCAAAGCAGCUCAGCUGGAUCUGGUCAAGCAGUAUCACCUGCAGAAGAAGAACGCCAGAGCUUUCCUUGAGGUCGUAGCGGCGGAGAAGGAAAAGAUGAGCUUAAGUGUUUUGGGAAGCAGUUCCCUUCAAGAGGAAAAACUGAAUGCAUUGCUGCUGACCAUGGAGCAGAAGAAGUCAACGCUGGAAGGUUUGCUCUGCCUAAGCAGUCAGUUGUCGGUCCACCUGAGUGAUGCGGAGAGUUCAGGUGUUCUCGUUGCUCAGCUUGGUGACAUCCAGGAGGAAUGGAGGCUCCUUAAAGGAAGCAUCAGAAGAGCUCAUCAACAGGCGUCAAAUUCUGCAUCUCAGUCAAAACUUGUUUUAAAAGAGGCCGCGGAGCUUAAAGCCAAACUUGAAGCUCUUUUAAAAUCUGAAACUGACAACAUAAGUUGUUUAGACUUAGCUUGUCUGACCGCAGAGGUGAAAGUUUGCAACCAGCUUCUCCUGCAUUUACAGUCCCAGGCUGGUUCCCUCAUCUGCUUUUCUCUGGGUCAGAAAGAAAAGGCUGCGAUUGAAGAAAAGAUUCACGACCUGAAGUCUUUGCUCCAUGUCACUAAAGAGAAGCUCAACUCUUUGCCAGAAAUCUGUGGAAGCGGCUCUACAAGUAAAAUCAACAAGCAACUACAGGGCUUGGUCAAUUUGACAAAACAAGCAGAAAAUCAAGUCUUUUCUGGGAAAAAGUUGUCUGUUUUUCCUGAGCAGGCUCGUCUUCAGUUUGAAGAAAUGAGGAAAUUUCACAUGGAAACUUUAUCAAGACGAAGCAAAAUGCAAAUGCAGGUUGGAGAGCUAAAGAGUAAAGCUACCGAAACGGAAAAUCAGGAGUUAAUAAAGACUGUAGAGCUGUAUGAAACAGUUGCUGACAGGUUGGGUCGUGUUCUUGAAGCCAUGAAAAAGGGUCUUGAUGAAAGAGAGAAGGUAAUGUGUGAGUUUGGUAGGUUGGAUGUCUGGGUAGCAGAAACAUAUAUGAAAAGAGAGACCUGCACCAACGUUGAGAACGUUUCAAAAGCUGAACUCAGUGAAUUGGAAAUGGAGCUAAAAAGUCAUCGAUCAGCAGCAGUGGAGCUGGAGACCCAACUCAAAUUAGUGGACGCACUUUCAGAGAGUUGCACAAAAUUAGCUGUUGAGCUGAGUCUGGCUGAGAGCCGCUACCUCGGCAACAGGCUUUCAGGCCUUUGGGCAGAAUUAGACGGACUGCUAGCUCAUGAGAAAGCCACCUGCUGGGAAUUAGAGGAGCUAAUUCAUGAGAGAAUGUCUUCCAAUGAGGAGUUAGCUGCCAUUCAGGCUAACUUGGAGCAAACAUCUGCUGAUCUGGAGAAGCAGAAGUUCCCUUUGACCAAAGAGACGCUGUUAGUUAUCACCCAGUUGGAGCACAAGCUAAUGGAGCAUCAGUGGGAAGUUCAAGAGCUGCAGCAUUGCCAGGAGGACCAGAGAAACUCUGUGCUCUGCUCUAUUGGUGAACUGCAAGACCAGUGCAAAGCUCUCAGAAUAAACGCCGUGGAGCAACAGAGAUAUGUUCACCACAGAGGACAAAUGGAGGAAUCCAUGGAAAUCGCCCAAACUCAACUCCAGGAGGCUAAAAACCAAUCGGUGAGCACAGCGGAGAGGUUCAGAUUGAGCCAAACGCUGCUGGUCGAACUCGCGAUGGUCAACACCCAAUGCCAAGAGACGGCGGAUCAUCUGGAGGCGAUCGCCCGUGAGUUAGAGCCGUCCGAGCUUAACGCAGAGAAGAAGAAGCUCCAUGACAUGGUGGAAACGCUGAUCUGCUGGGAGCAAUCUGCCACGGAUCAAAUCAAAAAUCUGGAGGCCGAGCUUUUACCAGGUCUCCAGUUUGAGUUUGAGCUUCCGGCGUUGAUGGAUCUGUUGCAGAGAGCCAACAGGCAGCUGGAGGAAACCAAACAAGUCAAACCCGAUGAGAAAGCAACCGAUGAUGCAGUGAUUCAGUGUUGGGUCAUCAGGAGAAAUGUAGAGUCUGGGAUGAGAGUGUUGGCAGGUCUGGCGCAGAGAGACAACAUUAACCUGGAAGACUGCAAUGAGCUGAAUUCCCUCAGAGACGCAGUAAUGCAACAGUCCCGCUCAUGGAUGGUCAGUCUGUCUCAGGCCAGGGAAUCCCUUAAAGAUUACCAGUGGGCUGCUCAGGGAGCCAUAAACUUCCUCCACAAUGCCGAGGCGACCUUCCUGUCAGCUCCCGGAGGCUUUUUGGUUUGCACCCAGGAGCAAAGACAAACCCAACAGGCUUUGGAAGCUCUUGAAGACGGCUUUCAAGCUCACAUAAGCCAUCUGAUGGAGCGAGUGCCACAGGAACGCUGCCUCUCACGACCGGAGACUGAGCUCCUUCACAUCAACGUCCUCAGCCAGUUGUUGGUUGGAAGGGCUUUACUGGAGGCUCAGGCAAAACUCAGAGUGGAGCGUCUGCAGAGGUGUGAAGUAAGACAGAGAACCCAUAGAAAGUGGCAUGAAGACGUUAAACAGGAAGUGUUGCAGUUUGAAACGAAGCUUUCAGGAUGUGCAUCAGAGAAAGUCACAUCAUAUGAUGAGUGUAUCGAUCAGCAGAAGAGAGUGAAGGUUUUAAAGGAAGAUCUUCGUAACCUCGCUGGGAAGAUGGUGGACCUGAGAGCUGCAUGUCCGACGCAGGGUUGUGGCGUCGGGAAGGACGGCGAGCAUGGCGCCCUCUGGAGGCGCUGGACGUCAUUACGGCGGCGUUUGGGCCUCCUGUUGGUGCAGACAGAACAGAAGGAAGAGGAAUGGAAGGACAUCUCCACAAGUAUGGAGGAGAGUUGCAGCUGCUUGUCCGGUCUUCAGGCUGAACUUCCAGACUCUUCCACUGUGAGUUUCUCUCAGGAGGAACCUCAGCAGCUUCUGGCCCAAAUGGAGCAGCAGCAGCUGGCCUUAUCGUCACUGAAGCGCCGACUGGAGCACGCGUUGGGCUCAUCCUCUUCCCAAGACGGCGUCCUGCCUGGAUCCGCUGGGGAAUCCCUGGAGAAAAUCCAAGAGAGCAUCUGGAGCUUGAAAGAGAGAAACCUGCUUCUGACGGCUGCAACGGAGGAGGAGGAGGAGGAGGAAGAGGAUGAAGAGAGAUGGCGAGCCGAAGAGGAAAUACGAGACAUUGAGAAAAAAGUGUUUGAGAUUUUACCAGAACUGGAAACGAGUUCAAAUUCAACCAGAACCAAGCAGGAGCUCCAGGAAAACGUUAUCUCUCUAAAAACCCAACUUAAACACAUCCUGGACACCUUGGGGAGCCGACAUGCAGAAAUCCCGCCAGAUAUCCGAACAAAGAUCCGAAAUGUGGAGCAAUCCGUCCAGAAAGCAGAAGAAAUGCAGCUUUCGGAGACGGACAACCCAAUCAGGAAGCUUUCGCACAGAGUCAGGGAGCUGGGUUCUGGUCUGGAGAGAGUGAAAUCUUUACUGGAGCAGAAAAGCCCAACAAUCAGAGAAGCUCAACGUGUCCUGAAGUGUGUGUGGGACGAGCUGGACGCCUGGCACAGCAGCUUGAUGCUCCUGGAGAGCGAAGUGCAGGACGUUGCGGAGGACCAGCCGGAUGAAGCCCAGCUCCUCAUGGACCAGCUCACAGAACCGCUGCAGCUCUAUCAGAACGCGUCCCGCCUGGCUGAGAACCGAACCGCCUUCCUCAACAAGAUUCCCGCCUGCCUGCAGGAGUUUGAAGACAUUUCCCACCGAGCCUCCUGCUGGUUGGAUGAAGCCCAGUUAUGGCUUGGCACUCAGUGCAACUUUACAACAGCCAAAAGUCUCAGCAAUUAUGUCAAGUAUCUACAGUUGAUGCUGGAAGACUCUGACAGGAUCAGACACACCCUGCAGGUGUUUAAGUCGGGCCUGGCAGAGAUCUCUGCCGUGUGUGACGUCAGCGCUCAGGAGGAGAGGCUGGACCAGAGAGACCAACAGGUCCAGGAGAUGCAGCAGACCAUCGUCGAGCCGCUCGACCAGCUCCAGCAGGCCGCUGAGAUAGUGGAAGUGGUUGAAGCUGACAUUAAGGCCAUGGAGAAAAACGUCUCAAAAUUCAGAAGCGUUUUAAACUGCAUGGAUGAUGCAGACGUAACGCAGGCAGAACGUGAGGAGAUCCUGACCCAGAUCCAGUCGAUGCAGAAGAGUUUGGAAGACAUGGAGAGCUGGAAGGAGGAGGUCCAUCUCCCUGAAGGAGCAGAAAACCUGGUGAUCUUCUCCAAAGCCAGAACGCUGCUGGAACAGCUGGAUGGGCUGGAACAAAUCACCGGAGAGAAAAGGCGUUUGCUGGAGAACAAAAAGGAAGAAGAAGAAACGACUGAGAAUCUUAAUAUCGUCUCUGAUUCAUCUGAAGAGAUGCCGCUGCUGGAGAACCCGGCACACAGACGCUUUUUCCAGGAGGCUUUUGAGAUGCAUGUUACAGAGGAAGAGGAGGAUGAAGGGGAUGAGAGUCGUCACUCUUCCUCCUCUGACACACUAACAUGCAGUAUACCAGAGGACCUGGAGGAGACGCUCAAUCUUCCAGAUGAACGAAGGGAGGACUUGGAGGAGCAGAGUGCAGCUUAUCAGGCUGAAAACGGUUCAGACGAACCUGGAAUCAGUGUUUUACGUGGGAAAUCUGGACUUGACGACAGUUUUGGACCYGCAUCUACAAAACUGGACUUGAUCGCUUGCCAGAACUUUCAUUUUGAAAAAGUAGAGAAUGACGUAAAAGACGAAGACGUCGCAGGAUCGUCAGUGCAGAAAAUGGYCGACGUCAACCCACAAAUAAACCCGUGUUUGAUGGAAGCUGCGGUUGGAGACACCAGGCUGAUUCCUUCGAGACCCAUAACUCCUUUUUGCUCCAAAAAAGCCUCGGAUGAGCUGAGAGAGGAGGAAGACGAACGUCUGUCUUCGUCCUCGGCUGACCUUUCACACCCGGGAGUGUUAAACAAACUGAAGGAGCAAAAAGCAGUCAGUCCAAGUUCAGAACCUCAGAAACCUGAAGCAUCAUUUGGCUCUCCUGAUGAUGAUGAUGAUGAUGAUGUGGAAAAUCAGCAUUGGACUCGUAUUCGCUCCCAUGUUGGGAGAAAAAUGAGCGCUUUGAGGAAAGUUUUGGAGGAGCAGCAAAAYACGAUCGGUUCUCAAGACGGARGAAAAAAGAUAAAGGUUCCAGGAAAAGAUCCCGUGUCUGCAGCAUCUGUUUCAUCGGUUCUACAGCAAAUAAAAGACACAAACGCUAAGCUGAGACAAACGUUACAUGAGGAUGACUGUAACUUCGGUAAUCCCCAGGCGAAGGSCUCAGGUUCUYCUCAUCCAGKAGUGAAGAAGAASUUCRGCGAGGCCRUGCAGAGUGUCGUGACGUGUCUGGACUCAUCAGCCGACCUGCUGACCCCUGAUGGACCUGCAGCAGCGGAUCCUCAGCUGAGGCUGCUGCAGCUGGAGAGUUUAUGGGCUCAGUUGGAGCCUCUGGCUGAGCUGGUGGCUGAAGUGGAAGCGCAGAUCAAACCUGCUCUCCUGAUGGGAGAAUCAGACGCUCACAGCGGUUUGGCGCCGCUGGACGAUUUUGUCCAGACGGUGCAGCUUCUCCUCACCUCCUCCCACAGUCGGCUGCUUGAGCGCUCAGGACUGCAGAGCCAGCAUCAGACUCUUCCCUMCAGUCGGCCUCGUCUCCUGGAUCCGUUUGACGCAGGAUGUUGUGAGAUCUUCCCAAACCUGAAGGGUCCGCUCAGCUUGGAGUGCGAGCCGGGCGGAACAGAGGAACACGCCUCCCAAUCCUUGCUUCAGGGGAUUUCACGCCUCUUGAAACGCUGUGAGGAGAGUUUAACAGAAAAACGGACGAGCCUUAUUCCCAGCCGCAGCAAACUUCAAGCUGAUCUCUGCAGACGCGAGAAACUCCUCCAGGUCCUCGGAUCCCAGCUGUCUUUUCUUCAGUAUCUGCUCCAGCAUGAACCUGAUGCACUCAGCAGCAAACAGGAUGAAUGGGUACAUCUGGAAGUCAGGGCCAAAACUCUGCAGCAGCAACUUCUGGAACAACAAGUGGCUUCUCAGAAGACGUUUCGGGGUUGGACCCACUGGGAGCAACUUUGUGGUCAACUUGGCAGCGUGUUGGAUGAGUCUGAAGCUUUUUUUAGCGCUGGAGAACCAGAGGGAGAGGAUGAGGAGGAGACGGUGCAGCGGAGGCUACAUGCCUGCGAGCGGACUCUGAUCCGGCUGGAGGAGAACCGCUCCGUGUUGGGGUCGUUUUUGGAUCACAGGCUGGUGCUGCAGGCAGAGCCGUGGUUCGGUGCCUCGGUUGCGCAGGAAGGGGGCGCUCUGGAGCUGCGAUGGAAAGGCGCCUACAGGCGUUCGGAGCAGGAGAUCCUCCGCCUAAGAAACAUCCAGGAAAGCAGAGCCAGAUUCCUGGCUGGCGUUGCUGCGGUCGGUGAGCGUCUGCUGGCCGCCGGCGAACACCUGAAGACUUCCUCAGACCUGAGUCAGGAAUCCGUUCAAAGGCGACUGCUGGAGCUGCUGGACGUCUCCGUGGAGCUGGCAGCCGUUUCCAAGGAAACCAGUCGGCUUGUCCACYUGAGGGACGCCGAGUGUCCCAAACUGAGAAGCCAGGUCUCACAGCUGGAGGCCAGCUGCAGCCAGCUGACCUCUGACCUUUCCAAGAUGCUGGAGCAUCUGCUGCAGCGCCUGGUGAACGAACAGCCGCCAGUAAAGCUGCUGUCUGAAGUGGAGAACUGGCUGAAGGAAACAGAAACUCGGCUCUGCCGGGAGAAGAAAAGAGUCCUGACGGCCAGAACUGCAGCUGAGAUGGUUGAAAUUCUGCAGCAAUGUCAGUUUGCAGAAAACCUGGGCGGGGUCAGACAACAGUGCCAGCUCCUGCAGAGGGAGCUGGAUGGCCAGAUUCAUGAAGUCGAACACAUCCAUCACACUUGUGCAGAACGAGAGAGACAUCUGCAGAAACGGCAGGACUGGUCAGAGCAGCAGAAGAAGAGGAUGAGUCAGUGGAAACGGCCCUGCAGUCAAACCCUGGCUGGCUGCGCUCUGCUGGAGUGGGAGGCUGAAGUUGCCAGAAUCCAGCAGGUUUCUGCAGAUCUGCAGGAUCUGGGAGAAGGAAGAGGAGGAAGAGGAAGAGUGUGUUAUGGGAAGGAAGGGAAGCUCCUGUGGGAAGAGAUCUUCUCCGGCCGAGUGGAGAGUGUGAGGCGGACCUGUGUUGAUCUUCAUCAGCAGAUGGAAGAUCUCAGAGCGGAUCUCGAACAGUCAGUGGAGAAGUGGAGUUGUUUCCGUGGAGCUCUGGGGGAAGUUGCAUUGUUGACCACUAGGGUGCGCUGUGCCCUGCAGCAGCAGCGAGCGCCUCUCUUCUCUCUGCAGCAGGCUGAAGGAAACUCAGACCGCCUGCAGGAGCUGCAGGUGAAGGCGGAGGAAGACGGAGAGCGGCUCUGGACGGACCUGGACAAAUCCUGCAGGACGCUGAUGGAGACGCUGCAUGAUGCGUCGGCGCAGCUCGUUAGGGACGAAGUGGAGGAGCAGCGACAUGGGUGGAAGAAAAUCCUGCAAGAGAUAAAAGAGGAGCAUAAAAACACCAGAGAGAUUUUCUCCCUCUGGCUUGAAUACGCGAAUCUGUCUGAACGCUUUUCUCUUCGUUUGCAACACCUGAGGAAUGAGUGGGAGGAGUUAUCAGGUCCUUCAUCUGGAAACGAUGCAGAAGCCACAGUCUGCUGCGUCAAGAGGUUGCAGGAUGCUGCUGAUGAGCUGCAAAGUGAUGCAGAAGAUGUGCUGGCAGCAUCCAAAGCUCUUCUUGGACGACUCGAACCUUUAUCUGCAAAGUUAAUCAAAUCAGAAGCCAGGUUGUUGAGUCGCGAUGUCCUGCUGCUGAACCAAGCAAUAUCGGGAAAAAGGAGAAAUCUGGAGGAGGAUUUGGAGCGAGAGAGACRAUUUAAAGCUCAGCUGGAAGCACUUGAGGAACAGAUGCAGAGCUCGCUUUUUAAACUGCGUGGGGGCGCAUGUGAUGCAGACACUCUGGAGCAGGUUCUUUUGGAUCUCAGUGACAUGACUCCAUCACUGGUGGACGUUAAAGAGACGAGUGGCGACAUAACCCUCAGCAACGAGGAGAUGGAGAGAGUUCAGUCCCUCAGCAGGCUGUGGGCAGAAACCGUUACCAAGGCAACAGAUGAAAACAAAGUUUUGCAAGAUGAGCUUCAGAGCAGCUACGAUUUUGAAGAAAAAUGUGAAAAAGUGAAAACGAUCCAGGAACACCUGCAGCGAGAAUCACUUUGCAGAAAAGAUCCGAGUCRCUCAAACCUUAAAGAGAUGCUGGCUGUCCAUCAGAAACUCCAGGUUGAGGUCAUGAAGGGGCAUCAACUCCUCCAGAGCCUCCUCUGUGCUGCCCUCAGCUUUAUGGAAAAACAAACCGAGGACAAAAGAUCUGAGCUCACGGUUCGAGUGGCGUGUCUGAAGCGGAGCUGGUCUGAUUCUGUGGCUCUCGUUGCACACGACUGGACCUCAGCAAAGGAGCAUCUGCAGCAGUGGAGAAUUUACCAACGCGGUUUGAAAUCCCUGAAGAAGCUGUUUAGAUCGGUGGACUCUCUCCUGCCCCCUAGUGGACCGGAUCUUCACACGGUGCAGCAGCUGCAGAACUUAAACGUCUACAAGCUUAUUGAAGAAGCUCUAGCUCUGCACUCCUCUGUCUACGCCCGGACUGUUGAAGCUGGGAAACAUUUGUGUGAAAUUGUUACAGAGUCGGAGAGUCGGACCCAACUGCAGUCAGAGCUUCAGGAUUUACAGAAAGUCUGGGAGCGAACCACCUUACUGCAAAGACAGAAUAAAGAUCUGCUUUAUAGCACCGUCCAGAUGUGGUCUCAGAGUCAGGAAGCAGCAAGCAGCAUCUCCUCUGGACUGGAGAAAGUUGAAAAUCUGCUUGCAGAAAGACCAGCGGACUCAGAGGAGGAGACGCACAUCCAGGAGGCUGAGCUCUCUCUGCAGCGUUUGGCUGGCGGACUGAGGGAACUGGCCACCAUGAAGACAGACCUGUCCCAGUACGUGGCGGCCAGUGACUCGGCGCUGCUGGAGCAGCAGCUGGAGAUGCUCCACGCUCAGUGGGAAGAGCUGUGCACCAAGGUGUCGCUACGCAGACAGGAAAUAGCCGACCGCCUGAAUGCCUGGACCAUUUUCAAUGAUAAAAACAGAGAGUUCUGUGAUUGGCUGACUCAGAUGGAGAACAAGGUUUGCCACAGCGCAGAUCUGAGCAUCGAGGAAAUGGUGGAGAAACUAAAAAAGGACUGCAUGGAGGAAAUCAACCUGUUCAGUGAGAACAAGAGCCACCUGAAGCAGCUGGGAGAGCAGCUGCUGUUCGCCAGCGACCAGGCCAAGCAGACCCAGGUGCGCGGCUCGCUACAGGAAGUCAAUCAGCGAUGGAACAACCUCUUUCAGCACAUCGAAGCCAGGGUGAGGAAGCUGAAGGAGACUCUGGUGACGCUGCAGCAGCUGGAUAAGAACAUGAGCAACCUUCGCUCCUGGCUUUCUCGCAUCGAGGCCGAGCUUUCCCGGCCGAUCACCUACAGCGUCUGUCAUGAGAACGAGAUCCAGAAGAGGCUCGCUGAACAUCAGGACCUGCAGAGGGACCUGGAGCAGCACACUGAAGGCGUCGCGUCCGUCCUCAGCCUGUGCGACGUUCUGCUGCAGGACGAGGACGCAGCAGGCGGCUCGGAGGCGGAGAGCGACUCCCUGCAGGAAACCAGCCGCAGCCUGGACCAGCGCUGGAGAACCAUCUGUGCUCUGGCUCUGGACAGGAGACUCAGAAUCGAGGAAACUUGGACUCUGUGGUGCAAGUUCCUCAACGACUACUCCCGCUUCGAUGAUUGGCUCAAGAUGGCGGAGCGAACUGCUGCCAACCCAAACUCUGCAGAUGUCCUCUACUCUGCAGCCAAGGAAGAGUUGAAGAAGUUUGAGGGUUUCCAAAGGCAGGUUCAUGAGCGCCUGACUCAGCUGGAGUUCAUCAACAACCAGUACCGCCGCCUGGCCCGGGAGAACCGCACCGACCGAGCCAGCCAGCUCCAAGCCAUGGUGAGGGAGGGAAACCAGCGCUGGGACGGCCUGCACCGCCGAGCGGCCGCCAUCUUACGCCGCCUGAAGUAUUUUACCAGCCAGCGGGAGGACUUUGAAGGCACCAGGGAGAGCAUGCUACUUUGGCUGACGGAGUUGGACCUGCAGCUCACCAACGUGGAACAUUUCUCCGAGAGCGACGUCCAUCAGAAGAUCCAGCAGCUCAGCAGCUUCCAAAAGGAGAUCAGCCUGAACACUGAGCGCAUUGACGGGUUGAUAGUGUUUGGUGAGGCUCUGAUCCAGAAAAGUUCAGCUCAGGAUGCGGCUCUGAUAGAGGACGAGCUGGAGGAGCUUCACUCCUACUGCCAGGAGGUUUUCAGCAGGCUGGUCCGCUUCCACCAGCGCCUCAGCCAGCCUCCGAUGAUCAGGGAGGAGCCCGACCUCUCUGACCUCACCGUUUCCCUGGAGUCGAGCUUGGAGCUGAUUGGUCGGCCGUGGCUGGGGCGGAGCCAGACGAGCCUGCCGGCCACGCCCACUCACCUGCUGGGCUCUCCUCUGGACCAAUCGGGGCGGGAGACGCCGGUGAGCGUCGACUCCCUGCCUCUGGAGUGGGACCACACCGGAGACGUGGGGGGGUCGUCGUCGCACGAGGAGGAUGAGGAGGAAGGGGAGGAGCAGGAGGACGAAGGGGCUUACUUCAGCGCACUCUCAGUCUCCAGCCUGUCUCUGGCUGUUCGCGAUUGUUCAUGGAGAACACCAGAAGCCACAGCAGCUCAGCCGGAUCCAGAAGGACACGCUGAGCCGACGCCGGCUCUGACCAGCACGCCUCUGAAGCAGGGCUACCUGCGGCUCAUGUCCCAGUGCAGCGGGAGCAUCGAGAACAUAAAGAGAGUCUCUCUGAUCCUCGACGACGACGAGGAGCAGCCAGAGGAGUUCGGCUUGACGGGCCUGAAUGCCUCAGACAAGCAGUCAGGUGUGAUCGAGCGCUGGGAGCUGCUCCGGGCUCAGUCCAGGUGCAGCCAGCAGUCUGGCACUCUGGAUCCUCAGCAGGUGACCUUUGACCUGGACGACCUCACUUCCUGGCUGGAAACUGUGAUCCCUGAGCUGGAGCGCCUCUCGCAGUCUGAACCUGCAGGCGGCAUAGAGGACAUGGAGGCCAGAGCCAAAGAGCUGAAGGAAAUGGAGAAAGCGUUUUGCCACUACAAGGCYAUCAUGCUGUCGGUGAACCUGCAGGCGAAGGAGGCUCCAGAAACGCAGGAGAGGGUGGCGAGGGCGAACCGGGACUGGAGCCGAGCGUCUACUGGUCUGCAGCACUGGGACCACAGCCUGAGGAGGAAGCUGAUUCGCUGCCAGGAGUUUCAUGAAACCCUUCAGUCUCUGCUGCUGUGGCUCGCUCAGGCAGAGAGCAGAUGCUGCAGCGUAGACGUAAAGCAUCCAGAGACAAGCGCCGCAGCGCUGAGACAGCAGGAAGACACGCUGACGGAGCUGCAGGCGGAUCUGCGCAGCCGCCAGGCUCACCAGGCGUCUCUGCAGGCCCUCUGGUCUCAGCUGCAGCCUGACGACGCAGCAGAGGACUGCGACGAGGCGCAGGAGAAGCUGCAUGUGACGGGCACCAAGCUGAAGCAGCUCAGGAGGAAGGUGGGGGACGACCUGCGCGCCCUGCAGCAGCGCCUGCUGCUCCAGGAUCCCGGCUCUGCAGAAGCAGACACAAAAACAGCCUCCUCCACCCGGAGGUGCAGGAGGGAAUCGUCUCCGCCCCGAUCCUUCUUCUCCCGCCUCCUCAGAGCCGCCUUCCCCCUGCAGCUGCUGCUGCUGCUCCUCCUGCUGCUGCCCUGCCUGAUUCCCCUGUCGGACAGCGAGCCGGGCUGCACCCUGACCAACAACUUUGCCUGGUCCUUCUACCCCAUGCUGCACUACACCAACGGCCCGCCGCCCACCUGACGGACGCUUGUGUCCAACGAGAGACAUUUCCCAACAAAACGUGGGUGACUUUUCAGGAAAAUGUUUUAAAGACGACCUAUUGAGCUUCCCUGAACAGGUUAGAUAUAAACAAAACAUGUAGAGAUKCCAGUUCUGCCCAUUGUCCAGAAUGUUUUAGGAUCUCUGUCACUUUAAAUCCAAACCAUCUGCUGCUGGCCACGCCCCCAACUCAACAUCUGCACUGGUAUGCAAAAMAGAUGCGCAAUUAUACAACCUUGGAAAAGCAGAAGUGGAGCCUCCUGCAUAAUCAACAAGAAUGCAGCGAGUGGUUU